CCGUACUGCCCGCAUCUUUGUAUGGAACAGUUGAUCGGCGAAUCCAAAAUCGAAACAAAGUAAAGUCCGAGGAACUAUGCUGUAGGUGGCCGCAAUUACUUAAACUGCAGCCGCAGCAGCACGUCGAGGAAUAGAGGACGCAAAAUGGCAGCGAGGCAAUCGGCGGAGGAGCUGGAUAAGCCGCAGCAUGGCCUCACCACGAAAGUGGCGUUGCGGCGUCUGCACGAGGAGAUUGAACGGGUGCUGCUGGAGCAUGAGCGACUGGGUGGAGCGGAGAGCAGCUCCUAUCGCAAGUUUCGGGCGGCGUUUGUGAAGCGCUACGACAGUCCGCUGGGCUGGCUGUCUGUCGGGACGAGCCUCCUGGCCAGUGGAGCGCUUCUGAGCACGGGAAUGUUAUGGUCCCCAUUGUGCCUGCUGGCUAUCCUGGUUCUUGAUCUAUUUGUGGUGGUCAGGGAGCAUAACUUACGACGCACGGAGAUUUUUCGAAAGACUCGACAUGCCCUGGCAGAAAUUCGAUUGGCGGAGCAACAUUUUAGCGACGAUUGGAAACCAGCUAACUAUCCGCAUUUAAGCAAUCCCAUGUCGCCAUGUGUAUCCCUCCAGUGGACUUACCGGGAUGGAGUUGUCGUCAAUCUUCCGUGGGCUCUACUGGUUAAAGGGGAUUUCAUUGUUCUGCGACCCGGCCACAUCUCACCCGGUCCCUGCCACGAACUGGAGACAAAUCGGUUCUUUCAGACCAAUGAAAUUUACGGGGCUGCUCCUCAGGGCGACCCUCCAGUGAAGCCAGUGGCUCGCCCGCCUUUGCCUGAUCUGGUAUGCUGUUUAGAGAGCACACCCUACCUGGACAACCUCAUUGUUUGCCUGAAGAACUCCCUGAAGCGCCCGCCCACCAUCUAUAAUCAGCAACGCUAUCUGUUGGUGACCAAGUACAUACAGCAGUGGGGCUUCAUUAGUGCCCUGAUCAUUACAUUGGUAUCGGGUCUACUGCGCCUGCAUGGUUAUGGUCUGUCUGACGAGAAGCACAACUGGCGAUUUUUGCUCAUCGAAUCCCCGGCGUCAGCGAUUAUACCUUUACUGCCUCUGAUUUUUCCUCUUAUGUGGAUAUCAAUGAAUCUUUGGGGCAUUGCCCGGCUGCAGUGCUUCCUUAAGACGCCGCAGGCUGCCGUCGAAAAGAGCACGAGCAAAUCAUUUGAGGAGGACCUGGACACGCCGUCGUAUGACUACCACAACGUAUCAAUGUUGCGAUCCAAUGUAUUCCGGAUUUGGCUGGAAAUGUGGAGGGGAGACAGCGAACUUCUGCCCCGUUCGGCCAACCUUGUCCAAGUGCUGGGCUCCAUUUCGGCUCUGUGCUGUGUCGACAAAAAGGGCAUCCUGUCGUGGCCUAAUCCCACAGCCGAAAAGGUUUUCUUUUUGCACAACACUGACGAGGAACCCCAGGAGGAUGGAGCGGGCAGUGAUUCAUCGAUGCAGAGCGAGAGCGACGAUGUGCCGGACGUAGACGAGGAUCAUCAAGAGCGGGGCAUAGUGGCCGAGGUGCUGGACUUGACGCACGACCAGCACUGUCCGUUUAGGCUGGAGUUCGACGACCACGAAUGGAAGGCCCACAUCAAGUCCCUGAAGCCAUUGGGUCUGGCCAUCCUAUUGAACACCUGUUCGCCGCUUACCCAUGAGCAUUAUGCCCAGUUUUGUGGCCAUGUUACUGCCGUGGCUAUGCUCGACAAAGAUCUGGUGCCCGUGACAAAUCGGUAUGCGUAUGCACUCAUUGAGUCGAGUAAAAGCUUUUUGCAUGGACGCUGCCUCUGUGAGCUUGCCAAGCAGAUUGGCUUCACCGACCAUGCCACGGAUAGGUUUGCGCUGGAGGGCCAACUGGCCAGUUACCGCCAUUUGCAACCGGAUGUUGUCCGAAGAGAUAUUCGCUUUGCCCGACAGCUGCAGCUGUCCACCAAGGUGAAGGUACCAUUUCCGCAUUCCUUGUCGGUAGUGAUGAAGGAGAAUCCAGGCGGAUACCUGUCCCUUUUUACGCAAGGCACGGCAGAUAUUAUCUUGGACUGCUGCGAUGACUUCUGGGACGGCAAGGACUUACGUCCACUCUCCCCGCAGGAUCGUAAACGGGCUUUGGACUUUUAUCAGCGCAGCGCUUUAACAUCCUACUGCACGGCGUUUGCCUAUCGUCCGCUUCGGCAUGGAAUCCACGGAGCUUUGAGCGGACCCCAGCAAAGCGGAGGUGAUUGCCUGUAUCUGGAGCUGCCUCCAGAGUCGAAGCUGCGCAUGCAGCAUGUGGACAAGACGCACUGUGACUUCCAGGGGGGCCACCACGUAAAACUCAGCCACAGCAUCAGCACGGACUCGCUGUUGUUCUCUGAGAGCAAGGACGAGGACUGUAACGACGUAGAGGGCUGCUUUGAGAUGCAGUGCCACCAGGUUUUUAUCGGCAUGGUGACAAUGCAGUACCAGGCUCAGAACGAUAUAGUUCGACUGGUGGAACGCCUAGAGCGAGCCUGCAUCCGGUUCGUGCACUUCAGUAAGGAAAACGAGCUGCGUUCCCGCGUCUUUUCGGAGAAGAUGGGUCUCGAGUCUGGCUGGAACUGUCAUAUUUCGCUGCUCAGCGAGCCUGAUCCUGAACCGGGCGAGAAGGAAAAGGACAGGAACCCUGCCAAACCGAAGGAGUUGCCGGAACAAUUGGGUAAACCAAGCCACCAAGUCACCAUCACCACAAUUGAUACCCAUGAGAAAAGCCAUCAUCCCACCAGUGCCAUGUACAUAUCGUCCCCUGCACCUGCAUCAGAUUCCGCAUCCGAAUUCGUAGAUACACCCGCAACUAAAAACCCUGAAAUUGUAGGUGAUGGUCCAGAGACAAGCUAUCUUCUGGGACUGCCCACCAAUCUAGAGUCCUCGAAAACUCUAAGCUCCUCGGCACCAGGCGCCAUAUCCAAUCCGGAUGAGUGUAAUCCUCUGAACGCAGCUCUGACCGAAGAGGAAAUCCAAUCACCAAAUAGCAAUGACUCCGCAGAGGACGAACUUCCUGGAGUUACUGAACUGGAUGGGGAUUUGGACCCCAGUAAGCACAAGCAGCGCCAUUCAUUGGACUCCGCCAUGGAUGAGAACUGCCGCUCCCUAAGCACCUUGACGGAGAGCACGGACCAAAGUGCUCCAAUUAACUUUGACAUGUCUAAUCGGGCGAAGCUUCCUCGUGGCAUUGAGAAUAUAAGACCACAUCUGGAACAAGUGGACAACGUGCCGUUGCAGGUCUCCCUGUUUACCGACUGCUCAGCGGAGGCUACUCGCCAAAUGUUGGACAUUAUGCAGUCCUACGGAGAGAUAGUUGUUUGCUUGGGAAGCUCUGCGAGCAACGCAAAUGCAGAUAUCUUCCUGCAGGCAGACUGUAGCAUCGCCGUAGAGCCGUUGUAUCCGCAGGUGUGCCAGGAUGUCGACGCCUAUACGGAGGCCAACAUUCAGCACAAUAAGUUGCUGUGGCAGCGCCAACAUCUGGCGGGUAAAUCGGGAAAGGCCGUCGCUGAUGACGAAGAGCUGCUAGAAGGGGGUCUACAGGGAUGCGCAAUGCAGACGCCCGCCCAUACCAUAUCGCCACUGUAUCUCAGUCGUCUGCUGAAUUCACUGCCCUGCUCCAUUGCCGUCUGCCGCGACGACCCACUUUCGCUGGUGGCCAUAAUCGAGCUGUCACGCCGCUUCUCUCUGGGUCUUUGGAAUUGCAUCCAGUAUUGGGCCUGCUGUGCCGGCUCCAUUUCCAUUCUGAAUGUUCUCUGCGCGUGCCUCUCACUGCCGCCGCUCCUGCCCCCGCUUCUUGUUAUCUACCUGAUGUGUGUGCCAGUGCCGCUAAUCGCCAUCUCCCUUGCCCACAUCGACGUAGAUCCAAAGAUCAUGAACCGAGCUACCAGCAAAAAGCAGACAGACUACGAUUCGCGAGCCUUUGCUUUUGUUAUGUGGUGCUAUGGUUGCAAGUUCAUCGUUUUAGUGGCGUCAGUCCUUAUUUCCUAUUGGAUUAUUUUAUCCCAGUCCAGUCUUGACCCCGAACCUAGCCCCGUUCUAGAUUCCGAAGAACCUGAAUUUGAUACCAAGGAUGAUGCAGAUUUCGAUCAAUUCCUGUACCUAUCCCGAAGCUUUGCUUUGCUGGCCAUCCUCUUGCACUUUGUGGUUAUUUCUGUGACAUUCGUGCAUCGCGAUUACGCGCUCUGGCAGCGCAAUCCGUUUACAAAUCGUAUCUGGGCCAUCACCUGCUUGGUGUUGCUUAUUUUCCAUGGGAUCAUCUGCACUUUGCAAGUAGCGUUUGAUGAUUUCCUGCAGGAUCAGCUGCCCAAAGUGUGGGUGGCCAUGUUAGUCCUAUUUGGCGGCAGUCUUCUGAGUAUGAUUGCCAGUGAGCUGGCCAAGUUCCAGGAGAAUAAGGUCAAUGCGCGCUAUCAGCGGCGGGCACGCCUUGAUUUUGGCACCAAACUGGGCAUGAACUCGCCCUUCUAAGAAUGAUCUACCAAACAAAAAGACGCCACCGUUACACACGUACUUAGUGCCAAGGCUGUAUAUAACACCACAACUCACCACGCUUCUUACAUCUUACUUUUACGAUUAUGACUAACCACUAAGGUCUUUUUACUGAGGCUGCUUCUGACUGCCUGUAAACUUUUUGACUCGUUUUUAGGUUCGGCCCGUACUUUUAGCCAUUUGUACUUCCUCGUGUUUUUUUUUUAAAUUGCAACACCCCUUUUGAUUAAGGAGACACCCACAUAUUUGUUAUUCUGUUUCUAAAGACGGUUGGUUCGUGUUCCUUGUUUCAAUAAGAUAUAACUUUGUGUACUAACAUUUAUAAGACUUGCAAUCAUUGUAUGAAAUAUCUGUAUGGUAAAAAUGAAAAUCCCUAUUUAAACAAGUAAAA